AUGACAAGAAGGUCCAAUCCAAAUACAACCAUUGAAGAAGAUCUUGACAUUGACCAACUUGAGCGCACACUUAGGCGACUAAGGAGAGAAAGAAUGAAUCCAGGCGGAGAAGGCGCGCCAAAUAGGCCAAACAACCCGCCCGACCAAGAGAGGAGAGCCAAUGAUCCUCCUAAUCCAGCAGAAGCUAGAGCUGACCAGCCAGCACCGGCCAGAGACGUUCCUCCACCCAAUCCGAACGCGCCCGAUGCAGCUGAGCCGCUACAGCCACCUCUUAACCCGCCGCGACCACCACCGGCGUUUGCAAAUGGACAUCAUCGUCACGGUGACAACCAAGGGAUGCCUCAAGACCAACCUCACGCACCUCCAAGGAGAGUGCCAAACGCGCAGCAUCCAAGGCACCAAACUAUGGGAGACUUUGAUUCGUCCGAUGCUUUCUUUAUGGAUCGGAAUCCAAUCCGACCGCCUCUACCUCCAAGGAACGAUUUUGAGAUCAAACCGCAGAUCAUUGCCUUGGUGAAGCAAAACCAAUUCCAUGGUUUGCCCACUGAGCAUCCUCUUGAUCACGUCGACACCUUUGAGGAGAUAUGUAGCACAACUCGUGUUAAUGGAGUAUCGCCGGAUUACUUCAAGUGCAAGCUAUUCACUUUUUCUCUAAGUGACAAGGCGCUAAGAUGGGUAAAAUCUUUACCACCUCAGUCCAUUACAACAUGGAAUGAAUACAAGGGAGCUUUCUUGAACCAAUUCUACACUAAGCAAAGAUCCAACUCUAUAAGGAGCAAGAUUUCUGGUUUCAAGCAAGAUUCAAUGGAGUCAUUCUAUGAAGCUUUGGAGAGAUUCAAGGAGUACACAAGAAGCUGCCCUAACCAUGGCUUUUCAGAAGGUAACCUUUGGAACAUCUUUUACAAUGGGAUUGAUCAUAAAUACAAGCUUUCUCUCGAUACCGCGAGCAAUGGUAAUUUCAUGACCAAGUCGGUGCCGGAGGCAAAGCUUUUGAUUGAGAAUCUCGCUGCUAGUGAUGCCAAUGCAUGCCCUGACUACAAUAGAAGCGUGAAGACCACGAGCUCAUCAGAAUCAGCUCAAAUCUCGGAGCUAAGGAACAUGGUCUCACAACUACUCAAAAGCCGACAAGGAGUUCACGCCAUUGAAGAUGCCCUAGCCACAAAUGAAGACACUCUUAUGGAUUUCAUGAGAGAUGGCGCUGAAGAGAAUCUAGAGGAAGUCAACUACAUUGGAGGAAACUAUGGGAAUAGAGGAUUCAAUCCACCAUUUCGCGCGCAUCCAAACCUAUCAUACCGGAGCAACAAUGUGGAGAAUCCAAAUGACCAAGUCUACCCCAAUCAAGGAGCGUACAAGGAGGCCAAUACCAAUCCAAGCCACAACAAGUCUAUCCAAGAGCCACGACAGUGGAAAGACCAUACACUAGUGAUUCAUGUUCAAGACGGCUCUACACACAUCCUAUGCAACUAUCUUUUCAUCAUUGCUCCAUAUGAUUGUCCUUUGCCUAACUCUUGUUUUAAAUUGCUUACAACCUUACCUACAUUUCUUUUGUUUCACUUUCUCAUUCUAGGUCCCAAAACCACCUCAUAUUGCGAGCUAGCUACAAACCAAUCUCACAAGGUGUUAAGUGAGAACACUUCCUCCUCGUGUUCGACCCCGACUACAACACGGCUGUGCACUUGCAGCUCAUUAGUUGGGUUUAUAAAUUGUGAAAAUUUGAGGCAAUCUAAACCCACCAUCAAGUAG